CGAGGCGAGUAGGACAUUCGUCCAUUCGCCCACCCGAAUGGCACGCAAUGGAAUCAGCCAAGUCACCCCCACUUAAAAGCACUCUGGACCCUUUAAUUAGGCCGCCACUGCUCACACACACACAGACCUUCCCCACCCAAUCGCACACGACCAGCCGCCGCCCGGCCAAUAGCACUCACCGCUCACCCCGCCUCUGUCCCCCUGUCGAUGACAUCACGCUCGAGGCCGAACGGCCGCAGCACACGGCGGAUAGCACCAACCGACUCGGGGAACCGCUUGGCGAACGAUCUGAGUGCAUCGACAGCAGGUCGCUCGGUCGUGUACAGCUAAAUGCUGCCCCUCCCCACCCACACGAAGGCAGCGACGGUCUCGUUGGGUCGGAAGCCGCUCACUAUCACACGACGAGAGUCUAUCGCAUAAGCAGAAUUGAGAUUGCCCCUGUCGUAGCGCCGGUGGACAGGGAUGCCCUGAUCCUCUGUGAUGGCCGAUGUCAGUAGACGUUCACAGCGAGGGUCGCUCCGGCCGAAUCGGAUGUCUAUCCUCUCGGCUGCCACCUCACCGGACCACCGACUGAGCAGCCUGUCCAGCAGAAAUGCCGAGAAUGAGGGGGAGAGAGAGAGAUAGACGUCCCAGCGGAUGACGGGAUCGGUCCGCUUGUAGCCGUCAGCAUAGCGAUGGCCGGCCGGCAGAUCACCAUGAGGCACCACACGAAAUGACACAUUGCCAACCCGAUAGGCCCCGUUGUUGGCUUGCUGCAGCGCCAGGGUGACCCCGUUUUUUGUCAGCUGACGGCUGAAGGUGGAGUAGAUGGCCAAUGCGAUCGGCAGCUGGUGCAAGGCCGUUGCUGUGGGCAGCGAGUCGGCCGGCAGCCGAAGGGGCAGAGUCGAGUCGGCGGGGGUCAGCCGAUGGAUGAAGGCCACCCGAAGGAACCGUCCCAUCGCCCGCCACUCCUCACCGGUGCCCUGCUCCAGCAGCCAGGCGACCCUCAAGCCGCCCUCCACGUCACCAUCAAUGUCGAAGGCUAAGACGUUGUCCAGGCCGAGACGACUGAUGGCCUUGUUGACGUGCUGCUGGACGCCGUUGAGCAGCGUGCUGGUGACGGUCGCCGAGGUGUGGCCCAGGAGCUCCUGCUGCCGAGUGCGGGUGACGAUCUGUGAGCGGAGAGCGCCUCGCGUGGCAUCGUCAUUCGCCAUGGCCAUGCGGACCAUCUUGCUGAUGGGCAGUGACAUGUCAAAGAGCUCGGCGGGCUGGAAGAGGGGCUGGGACGAGGGCGCUGCACGAGUGGGCUGCAUCAGUCGUGACUGUGGAAAGGUCUCAGAGAAGCGUGGUGACACUGUGCGUGAGAGAUCUGCAGGCACACAGCAGACCCAUGGCAGCAGACACGGAGAGGCAUCGGUUUUUCGGCAUUUCGAUGACUCCUUUGCUUCUCUGGCUGUCUUACCCUCACUGAGUGGGUGGCUUGAGAGCUGCAAAGGCCUCGGAAUCUUCCCAGUCGUCUGCGAGCUUGAUUCGUAGAUCUCGUCGCUUUUCCUUGCAUCUUCCUCACAGCAGGGCCGUGUAGAGUUUGUGGGAGAUGCCCAAAGAGCUGUCGUGAUGUCAUCGAUCCACGCGAUGCCGCCGCCAAUCUGACUGAGUGAUGCUGAUCUGACGCAUCGAGGUGAGAGAGGGUGGGCAGGAGGGCCUGAUGGCAUCAGCAAUGACAGUCUGCGACAUCCGUGUGUUUGUCGCAGAUUUCCAGCACUUUCAAGUGGCGUCCAGCAACAGAGCGACAGUCAAAGGCAGCCGGGGAGCCAACUGAGGUACGGGAAGCGGAAGAAAGCGACUCGGAGGCUCACAGAUCGAUGAGGCGCCACCGGUGCAUUCACUGAUAUGAUGUCCGUGCAGUGACUCUUUGCAGGUGUGCAGAUGUGAUACCUGGAAGGCCGUCAUUGGCGAUGUUCCCGAAGACGACUGACCGGCUGGCGUGUUGGCUGCUGCGCUGUCUGGGCCACAUAAGCCCCGGUGGCCAGUGGAUGAGUGUACAGAGAGGGAUGUCAUGUCGUGUCGAUUGUCGAUAGCUGGCGUAUCUGUCUGGGUAUGUAAAUGACUGACUGGAUGGAUGGAUGGAUGAGACCACUGCCAGUGGCAGUUAGAUUGGGAAACGUUCGUCCGUGUCCUUGAUUGAGCCACAUUUGCUCGACCUACUGUCGUGAUCCUGGUCAGUGGAUCAGACAGACCGGUGGGGUGGCAGUGGCUCAAAGGCAUUGCCAGUGUGAUGCCUCUCAGCGUCUUGGAUGACUGGGUGCCUGUCUGUCUGUCUGUGAGUAUGGCUGUGGGUCGACUUGACGCUGCCAGUGACGGUGGAUGGGCGUGGGACUGUGAUCGACAAAUUCGUUGGUCGUAGCCCCUAGCUCGUCGCGCAAAAUAUUGUAUGUGUAGUGGCCGUGAGUGAAGAAAGACUGACAUGCACUCGUUGCAAGCGACAAAUUGUGCCAAUCGACACGUAGACCACCUUCUACCAACCACCCAAGCCCACCACUCGGCAAAACCACCGACACAUUGGCGUAGGCACACCCAGGGACUAGACAUGCCAUACAGCAGCUGCUGGCACAGUAAGUACAUAGCCACAUAACAUACACUCACUACACAAACAGACACUCAGGCAAAGAGAGAGGCGGACAGACAGACAGACUAUUCGAUCACGUAAGUAAUACGCAGGCAGGCCUGCAGGCACUCUGCACUGCAAGCGACGAAUCAAUGGCCAUCCAUCCAUCCAUUGAUUGUCUAUUGUACUACGCAGCCACACGGCACGGCAGACACAUUGGUGUGGGCACACCCACGGACGGGACGGAGCGGAGCAAACACUCCUGGCUGACAUGACACCCAUGAGUGCACUGGGCCUGACAGAGACGCAUACUCACUAACCUAAACAUCAUCGAAGACACGCUAUCAAUCAGCAUCGAUGGAACCGCUGUGUGCCAAGCAGGAGAUAGAUACUAAUUGGAAGCGGCACAGCAGAGAGGCGUGGGCAAACCCACGGAAAAGAAACACACACUACACAGACACGCACACACAACCACGCGCAGCACGAUGCACAUACACACACACACACGGCACAGACGCACGCGUAGGGACAGACACAGAGGGGGUGGGGUGAGUGUGUGGGGGGUGGGAUGCUGCAAGUAAGUGUAUGUGUAUGUGUAUGUGUGUUUGUGUAAGCAAGUGCCAUACAUCAGUGCACACACAUGUACACGCACCGAUGGACACACCAUGUGUGUGUGUAGAGGUGGAGAUGGCUGGUUGUGAGUGAGAUGCAAUCUCUGCCCGACAGACACAUGGGUGGGCGUGGGCACCAUCCGGACCACAUCCCAUAGACUGCGGACAAAGAGUGCAGGGUAAAGUCGGUACGUGUAUGUAUAUGAGGUGUGCGGCGGCACAAGGAGCUGUCGACGGGAUGAUGGAUGGGCCGAAAGCGCGGCCAGCGACGAAAAACAGCGGCGGAAAGAGCAGUGCUCCUGCGCAGCAGGAGAAAGCUGCGCUUCGUGUCGGCAUGUGUGUGCCUUAGUGGGUGGGCGUGUCGCGGGCCGCCAAGCAAAACCGCUGGAUGACAAAGGGAAGCCUGUCGAUGAAUGGUGGACCACAACUGUGGAGUAAGUCAGUCAGUCAGUCAGUAGGUGGUGUGUGAGUGUGUGUGGUGAGUGAGUGGGAUCACACAGUCAGUCGUGUCCGAAGUAAGUGUCUGGUUGGUAUGUGUGUGUGUGUCUCUCUGCACAUGAACACAUCUGGCUGAUGCAAACAAACAGGAGAAAGUGUUUCAGGCCAAAGCACACAAUAAACAAACGGCUGGCUGUUCUCCUCUCCCUGUGGACGGACGCCUGGCUAGAACAGGUCGGGUCAGGUCAAGGGGGCUGCACCCAACACCGCCAAAGCAGCAGAGGAGCAGUGAGUCGGUGGGUGCAGUAAGGUAAUCCUAUACAUCCGUGCAGCACAUGGUGAGUGGAGUGAGUAAGUCGAAUGAACCGUGGACAGAAAUACAACAAACACGCAGUCAGUCAGUCAGUAGUGAGUCGACACGGAUGCACACGGGCAUGGCGUUACGCUCACGCCUCUACACGCAUCUCACGCAUCCACGAACCAUGGGUCACGAUUGUCACCACAUGAGAGUGAAUUCGUCUGUCAUCCAUCCAUCCAUCCAGACACACACACCCCGACACGCUGGCUGCAUCACAGUCAGUCAACGGGCAGGCAUGGGCCUCAUCCAUCCAUUCUGGCAGCCAGUCAUUCACAAAUACGUACAAGCAAUAAGUAAGUAGAUGCAGGUGCCUCCCUGGCCGGCGUGCCACAAACGGCAUUUUGGCGGGGGCAAAAGCAGCUCUCGUACAGGGCGGCGCCGAACCACACGGCGCCUGCUGGUGGAGCCGGGGGCGAGACGGUCUCCUCAGGCGGCUCCUACGGCGGUGCUGGUAGGGCCUGUUUGAUAACCCCCUGCACCUGCAUCUGGAUCUGCUCCUCACUCGGUAACUCCACGUCGCCCUCCCCCUCGGUCGCGGCACCCUCCUGUGAGAGAAUGACCCCCGCAGAUGGGAGGCACGCACGGUACAUACGUGGUCUGCUUGUCUGUUUGUGUGUUGGUGCUGUAGUCUUACCUGAGGCGCGUCUUCUGUGACGGCUUGUUCGAUCUUGGUUCCCUCCAGUUGCGGAAGACGGGCGAUGUGCCCAGGUCGGGGGAGACAGACGGUGAGGGAUGAAGGCUGGGAGAGGGAGGGGGGGAGGCCGAGGAGGACGAGUGGCGGGAGGGCUGCUCGGCCGCAGCUGCAGCCAUGGCCACCUGCCGCUCCCCCAUGGCAACGAACAGGAUGUUGGCCUCGCGACGCACG